CCAACAGGUUUUACAAACGAUUCAAUGGGUGAUAUGAAUAGAGACCAGCAAACGUUUUAUCUAAAAUUCCAUGCACAAUUUACACAAGGCCUUUAUGUCCAAAAUUGUAGUUACAGCAUUUACUUGUCUCUAUUCACUGUACUGGUCCGUGAUGGUGUAUCCAUUGGCUGGUGAAUAACCUGUACGUGGCUGGAUUCCGCCAACGAACAGAUAGUUAGGUGAGAUAUAUGGGAGAAAGUGCCAUUACGUUCUAUUGAAGAAUUGGGACAGGUUGAUUAGAGAGCAGGAGUUGCGCUCAUCUCGUAGUAUCGGACCCCAUCUGGUCUAACCAAGUGGUGGAAUUCAUUGGGCAGCAGCACAACCAUGACGGUGAACCGUGUCGCAAACAAGGAUCAACCUGACAAUGCGGUAGAAAAGGACUUGGAAAAUGAUGAGGAGCUCGGAGAAGAGGUGGAGGUAGACAGGGGGGCUGACACUGCUGAAAAAGUCAUCGAAAGCCUUGGCGAGUUCGGUCUCUUCCAGAGGCUCCUGCUUGCGGCAUGUCUGCUGACGGAGCUCCCCGCUGCUGGGGCCAUGAUGCUCAUGGCUUUCGCGGGGGCCAAGAGUCCAUGGAGGUGCUACGGCGGUAAUGCCACCGGGAUGAUUGGUAAUGAUACUGGUAUGAUCACUACGACGGUUAGCCCAGCCAAUGUGGAAAAUGUGACUAACAACACCAUGAACCAGUGUACGCCCGAGGGGAUUGUCUGCCCGGGACGAGAGUAUACCCUGGACCUUUCUUCCGUCGUGACCGAGUGGGACCUAGUAUGCGACCAAGACUGGAUUCCAGAUGCCAUCUCCAGCAUCCAGAUGGCCGGCGUUGUGGUGGGGGCAUUCAGUGUCGGGCAGCUCUCAGAUCUGUUUGGCAGAAAACGCGUCCUUUACAUCGUCUACUUCGGCAUUUUAUCCGGGACCCUAACCAGCGCCUUCAGCGUCACUUGGCACAUGUUCGCUGCUUUACGAUUUGUUGUGGGCUUGUCACUAGGGGGCAUCAUGAUCGUCAACAUCAGCCUCCCAAUGGAGUAUCUCGGAAAGAAAUAUCGCGUGUUGUGCUCGGGAAUCCCGACCUGGUCGGUUGGCAGCGUGAUCAUGGCGCUGCUGGCAUGGCAACUGAAGGAUUGGAGACAUCUUUCCAUAGCAACCGCAGUGCUUGGCUUCCCAAUUCUCUUUACAUAUUGGUUUUGCCCCGAGAGCAUUCGGUGGCUCAUAGCGCACGGAAGAAUCGAAGAGGCCGAGAAAAUCAUUGAGAGAAUCGCCAAAUUCAACAAGCGGGAAAAGCCCAACAUCACCUGCCUUCUUCAGGAUAUGAAAGACGCCGAGGAGGAGAAGCUGCUGAAGAAGAAGAAGAGGUACAGCUACAGACACCUCUUCACAACUCAGGAGAUCAGGAAACACACUCUUAUGAUGGGAUAUAUCUGGAUUGCCAAUGGCCUGGUUUACUACGGCCUGGCAUUUGGUGUAAAAAAUCUGGCCGGAGAUAGGUACCUGAAUCUGUUCCUGAUUGGGAUGAUCGAGUGUGUGGCGCAACCUACAGCUGGAUUCCUUAAUGAAAGAAUUGGCCGUCGCAAAUCCAGCAUGGGCUUCUACACGUUGGCGAGCACUGGGAGCCUGAUUGUCCUCAUCCUCACCCUAGCUGCCCCAGAUCAAGGCAUCGUCAUCACCGUCUUCGCCAUGUGUGCCUGGCUCGGCAUAUCGGGCGGAUGGACAGCCGUCCAGACGAUGACUUGUGAGCUCUUCCCUACAGUUGUACGUAAUAUCGGUUAUGGUUUCUGUUCAACCCUGGCGCGUUUAUCAAGCAUUGCAGGACCACAGGUGGUCUAUAUUAGCAAGUAUUUCAAGGUGGCGCCGUUCAUAGUCUGUUCAAGCUUCACAUUGCUACAGGUCAUCGUGUUGAUAUUCCUGCCAGAGACGAAGGGAAAGCCGCUGAAUGAAUUCAUUCGUAAACCAUCAUUCCAACACCCAGACAAUAAACACGCGCCAAAACACGGCACUGACGGCAACAACCACCAACAGUAUACUAAAGUUUGAAUGAUGAAAUGGUGGUUUUUGACUUUGGUUGUUAAAAUAGUAUGCAUCAAGCAGUAUGUUCAAAAACUGCACCAAUGUUUUGUAAAACUGGACUCUGAGGCUAAAACAGUGAAAUGUUGACUAUAGUACAGUUGCUGUCUGUUUCAAUGUGCUUUCAAUUCAUUCCCCAUCCAAAUCCUGAAACCCUUCAGGAAGACAGGGAGGGCAUAAUUCUAUGCAACACUUGGCCAAAUCAGGCAAGUUGAAAGUAUCAAGUGGCAUUUGAUUGGCCGAUCCUCAAAUCAACGACCUUCCAAUCACAAAGCAGACGUCCUUCCAUUGCCACCAAGCUUGAAAAUUGAGAAGAACAGAGAGUUAUACAUUUUUUUCAAAUUCUUGCCCAAAUGGUAUCUUUUGUACAGAAAAGAAGUCAUAUUUUUGCAUAAUUAUUCUAUUUCCUCUAAAAGAUAAACUUUGAUUGGUAAAAGUUUUAUA